AUGGAUGAAUCUAUCAGUGAAGUCAGAAUUACUUACUUCGCGCCACAUCCUGAAGAACUAGCUGAUAAAGAAACAUCAGAACCAUCUACUUCAAUUGGAAUUUUUGGCAACAUUUUCAAUCGAAUUUUCAAAUCACACAAAGAUGGAACGUAUAUCACUGAUACAACAUAUAUCAGCGAUUCAACAAGCAUCACGGAAUCUGAAAAAAAUGAAAGCUUUAUUCCUGAUUGUCAAAAGGAAAAGUUUGAGGUUUCACAACAACCUUCAUUAGGUUAG